AUGUCAGUCUUCGGUGUGGACUUUGGAAAUUUGAACACCACCGUCGCCAUCACCCGACACGGUGGUGUUGACAUCGUGACGAACGAAGUCAGCAAGCGUGAAACGACUACCAUCGCUUCGUUUGUUGACAAUGAACGUUUUAUCGGUGAACCGGGCCUGGACCGCUAUGUGCGCAAUUCCUCAAACACUAUUUUCUUGCUUAAGCGUUUCAUCGGCAUGUAUAUGGACGACCCCAGCCUUGAAUCUGAGAGGCGUUUUUUGACGUGCGCGAUAAAAGGUGAUGACAAGGGGCGGCUUAUGUUCGGCGUGAAUUACUGCGGAGAACUGACUUAUUUCUACCCAGAGCAAGUACUUGCAAUGAUGCUGCAGCGACUUCGCGGUUACGUCAACCUGGCAAGUUUGUCCGACUCAAAGGUUACAGUAGACUCUCGUGAAUGCGUGCUGACAGUUCCUUGUUACUAUACCGCUGAACAAAGGAAGUUGCUCAUGCAAGCGUGUGAGAUUGCUGGGUUAAACUGCCUUUCGCUCGUGAACGACACGACGGCAGCCGGCAUCGACUACGGCAUCUUCCGUGGCUCUUCGCUUGGAGAGACAGAAGACAAGGGGCAGGUAGUCGGUAUCCUUGAUAUGGGCUACGGCACCACGGUGUUUGCUGUUGCAUGCUUCUGGCGCGGUCAUCUGAAGUUGCUGAGCCGUACAUUUGACCGUCAUCUUGGAACACGGGACAUCGACUACAAACUCUUUGAGUAUAUGGCGGAAGAAGUGAAGAAGAAGUAUCACGUGGAUGUGAAGGAGAACAAAAGAGCGAGUCUCCGCCUUCUCCAGGCAUGCGAGCGCCUCAGAUAUCUUCUCUCAGGCAAUCAGGUUGCACAACUCAACGUGGAAAACCUCAUGGACGUUGACGUGAACAUUCCGUCAUUCCCGCGGUCCACACUUGAGGAACUCUCUGUUUGUCUUGUUGAACGGUUCAAGGCAGUGAUCAAGAAGGGGUUUGAGGAGUCCGGACUUUCUCCAGAUCAAUUCCACAGCAUUGAGAUGAUUGGCGGUGGCAGUCGUAUACCCAUGUUCAAAAGCGCAGCGGAGGAGUUACUGGGACGUGCGCCAAAUUUCACCCUUAACGCGUCUGAAACAGCGGCCCGUGGUGCAGCAAUUACCGCAGCUGUUUAUUCUCCCAAGUUCAAGGUACGUGAAUUUGUUGUGAGCGAUAUCCCAACGUAUCCCAUCAAGCUUGGAUACUACAUGGAAAACGCAAGUGCUGUAAGCCACGUGCCAUUUCUUCCGGACAUCAACAAGGUAGUGUCUGUACAAGGCACGGAUGACCAUUAUCCAAAGGUGCUGGAGAUCACUAUCAAGCGGCCCGGUGGUUUCAAGUUGUACGCCUUUUAUGACAGCGAGCACCCAAAAGUGAAGGCAUACUUGCCCCGCAAAGAUUUUGUCAUUGGUGAAUGGGAAAUCGGGACGCAGAGAAAAGAUUCCAACGCUACAGAAGUACGCGUGCGCGUGCGGCUGCUCCCCAACGGCCUUGUGUCAGUGGAAUCUGCCGUCUCAGUGGAGGUCUAUGAGGUGGAGGAACCCGCUGAUGCUGAGGAGGGGGGGAAGGGCGAGACCGCUAACGAGGAAGGAGAGCAGCCAGCAGAGAAGAAGCCAAUGGUGAAGAAGCAGAAGCAGCGCCGCGUGGAGCUGAGCGUUACUCCCCGCCUUGACGUCAUUGGUUUGACUGGCCAGGAGAUUGUGGAGUUCCAGAAGAAAGAGACAGAAAUGAACGAUCGAGACGCCCUGAUAACCAAGACGCGCGACAGCAAAAACGAACUGGAAAGCUAUAUCCUAGACAACCGCCCGCGAAUUGCCGAUGGAGGAAUCCUAUGCGAGUACGUCACAAAGGAGCAACAAGCAAAGUUCAUUCAACUGGCAAAUGAGUAUGAAAACUGGCUUUAUGAAGACGGUGCUGACGCAGAACUCAAUGUGUACCAAGAGCGCGUUAAGACUCUCCGUGCGAUCGCGGACGCAGCAAGUGACCGCCGCCGCAACUUCGAAGAUGUGGAGUUUGAACUUCCCACCUUCAAGCAGGAGGUGAACAAAGCAAAAAAUACAGCACUAGCAGCCAUUGGAAAGGAAGCGCACAUCACCGAAGAGGAACUACGAGGAGCGGCAGCCAAAUGCGACGAGGCUCUGGCGUGGGCAGAGAAUGAAAUGGAGAAAUAUCGUAAACAGCACAAAAGCGAGUCCCCGGUACUCACGUGUUCCACGUUGCGGGAGAAGCAGAAAGAAGUCGCCGAAGCGGUCCGUGCGGUUGUGAAGCGACCACCCCCACCGAAACCGAAGGAGGCCACGCCCGAGGCGAAAGAUGGGGAAACGGCUGCCGACGGUAAUGUGCCGCCUGAAGUGUCUCAGGCGGGAGACGGGGAGAAGCCCCCGUCGGAUGAUCAGCUUGACUAG